AUGGCAUCAGUCACCUCUUUCUCUUUCUCAUUUUCAUUACCAGCAAUAAUACCCGAACGAACACUUGCGGCUAAAUCUAGGUUCUUAAAUUGUCAGUUACGGUCUUCGAUCGUUUGGCCAUCGCUUAGACAGAGUAGUAGCUUGAAAAGAGGGGAGUGGGAAGUAGUAGCGUGCUCAACGACGGGAAGAGUUGGAUUGCAGUGGAGAGAUGGAAACAUGUCUCUCUUAUCUUUCUGUGGAGGAAACGAUUCUCCUCAUAACUCCGAUUCCUCCUCUCAGUCUCAGUCUCAGGUCUUGUCCGCUUUGCUUCCUUUCGUCGUCGCUCUUACCGCCCUCGCUGCUCUCUCCUAUCCUUCCACUUUCACCUGGGUAUCUAAAGAGCUCUAUGCUCCUGCUCUUGGCGGGAUUAUGUUAUCCAUCGGAAUCCAGCUUUCUAUUCAAGAUUUUGCUCUUGCUUUCAAAAGACCAGUGCCGUUAUCUGUUGGGUUUGUUGCUCAGUACGUUCUCAAACCUCUCCUUGGGGUUUUAGUAGCUAAUGCCUUUGGGAUGCCCACGACUUUCUACGCCGGUUUUCUUCUCACCUGUUGUGUCGCUGGAGCUCAGUUAUCUAGCUACGCCAGUUCUCUGAGCAAAGCUGAUGUUGCCAUGAGCAUUCUUCUUACUAGCUCUACUACUAUUGCCUCUGUUCUCUUUACUCCCUUGCUAAGCGGCCUUCUUAUUGGUUCUGUUGUUCCCGUUGAUGCUGUUGCCAUGUCUAAGUCUAUACUACAGGUUGUGCUUGUUCCAGUCACUCUUGGCCUUGUGUUGAAUACUUACGCAAAGCCUGUGGUCUCUCUUCUUAGACCUGUGAUGCCCUUUGUUGCUAUGGUAUGCACUUCAUUGUGCAUCGGAAGCCCACUUUCCAUUAAUCGGAGUCAGAUUCUUUCAGCGCAAGGUCUUAGAUUGAUUCUUCCAGUUAUUACAUUCCACGCGGUUGCAUUUGUUGUGGGAUAUUGGUUCUCCAAGAUCCCAGGCUUAAGGCAAGAGGAAGAAGUAAGCCGGACGAUAUCUCUCUGCACAGGAAUGCAAAGCUCGACCUUAGCUGGGCUUCUUGCAAGCCAGUUUCUUGGAAGCAGCCAAGCCGUGCCUGCUGCUUGCUCUGUGGUUGUAAUGGCCAUAAUGGGUCUAUGCCUUGCCUCUUUCUGGGGCAAUGGGUUUCGUAUCAGGGACGUUCUGUCUCUACUAAAACCGCAAAGUAGUGGCCAUACCUCUGAAUCAUGA